UCCCGCCUCGACCCGGAAGUGAAAAAGCGGCGGGAGCCCCGUGGCCUAGAGACGCGGCUUGCCGUCGCCUAGCAACGGCUUCCUCGCUCGCUCGCGCCCUUCCAUGGCCGCCGUCGCUGAGGAGGCUCCGCUGCGGAGCCUCUGGGAGGAGAUUUGCGCAGAAUUCGAAGCCCAGCAGCCUGUUCAUCCAGAUCAUUUGGAAAAGAAAGAGGUACCUCCACCUGCCUUACAGGUUCCUGCAGACGUUGGGCCACUGCCAGAUUUGAAAGGGGAUGACAGCAGAUCCGUGAUUACUGACGAAGUGCUCUCCCAGAAGACCCUGUCUCUUCUUUCCGAACUGGUCCCUCCUGAGCUUCCUGACCUAAAAACAUGUAGUCCCAGGGACUUCUUGGAAUGCUACAUUUUCCCAGUGCUUCUUCCUGGGAUGGUCGAACUUUUGCAUCAAGCUAAGAAAGAAAGAUGCUUUGAGAGGAAACAGACAAGAUUUAUCGCCCUUGAUUUCCUCACGGAGUGGUUAUACAACCACAAUGCGAAGAGAAAAGGCGAACCGUUUGUGGAAUUUUUUGAGAUCCCUUUCGUGAAGGAUUGGCUAAAGGACCAUCCUAGACCUCCCAUUCCUUUGUCUCUGCUGCUCACCGAGAAAGAAGCCGGCUUCAUCAUCCAAACCUUCUGGAAAGGUUAUCGGGUCCGUUGCGAUUCUGAAGUCCAGGAAUUACGCCAGUGGCAAAAACAUUUGAGGGAGACAAAGAACAUUAACAAACGCGUACGGGAAUUCUGGGCCAAUCAAGAAAAGAAAGUGGGAACCAAACUGGAAGACUCUGAGGAGCCCAGUCCAACUCACUCAAAAACUAUAAUGGCGGGAAUGUCAAAGACACCUGAAGUCAAAGCAAAGAUUAAUAAGGACCAGCUAAGCAACUCCAAGCUUGCAGAGAAUUCAUUGCAGGCUGGCUCAGAGUGAUUGCUUCUAACAGAAUCACAGUCUGAUCCUAGAAAUGCGUGGAAAGGUUGGACAUUUAAAAUGAUUGCCACCCUCAGAAAUGUCUGCCACAGCUGGACAACGUUGACCGCCUCUUCUGCUGCUUGCUGAGAGCAUGCCUGAUGAAAGCAGUUGUUUAGCCCCAACAAAAGUGACAAUUUUACCGAAAAACCAGAUUAUGCCUCCAGUUGCUCAUUUUAUUCAAUUGUGCGUGAAAGGGUUUUCUUUUCAAAGCAACCUUGUUAAAAAAACAAACAAACACACACAGGAAGGGUGUCAUUCCGUGCAACUUUCCCUUUGUGAAGCCAAGAAAAAAGAAAAAGAAAAGAAACAUUUUUUUU